CUUUAACCUAGCCAAAGGUAGAAUAAUUAGAUUUGAGAAAGUUGAACAGAGGAUGAGACGGUGUAGAAGGAAAGGGCAACAGUUGUACAUGUAGACUUGGCCAAUGUAUUUCAUUCAAUUCAAAGCAAGCAGAGAGAGCUCAUAAACAGACACAUUGACAACACGCAUGGAUGCUUAGCCCUGCGAUGCCUAGCUGGGCUUACCAUGCACCCUGGCCAAUAUUCGCGGUUGAUCACUGCUCGUGUUCAGUCGCCUCUCAGCUGCUGUGUCUGUCGGUUGUCUCUUGCGCUCACUCUCUCUCUCAGUUGAAACCCACAGGGGUGCAUGUCAUUGUAUCAUUCUCGUUCAUCCUCUACAAGAAUAUCAAGCCAUUCCUUUUCUAGCGAAGGUAUAACUUCUUGGUUGUAGUAGGUGAUCAGUCUCUCCUUCAUUCUGAGCACAGCUGCAGUGAUACAAGAUUGUUGAUACUGAGUAAUGUCUAGCCCAGUCAAAGGACUUCCUAAAUACCAGUAGCCAGUGGGAGGGUAAUGUGUGCAGUGUAUAUUGACCGAGGGCACAGGGAUAUAUUUGUUAUUGGAUCUUGCCCAUGUCUCAUUGCAUCGUAUGGUGUGUGGUGGCGAGACUAACUCUGGUGAUCAAAUAUUUGGAAUAUCAACUCAUUUUCAUGAUAGUGGAUCUUUGAUGGAAGACCUGAGUUAGAACAUGAAAGCUUUACCAAGCUGCUGAAUAUCCUACCAACAAACAUGGAUAAAGAGAAGAGAUACUGUGUUACAUCCAAGACCAUGUCACUACCAAGCAUUCUAGUUCAUCUUCACAUCCUUCUCAUGACUGCAUCAUCAGUCUUCAGCUAUGUUCAUUUCACAGAGGAGAACUUUCCUGGUAAUCCUGACAUUUCAUUGCAAAAAAUGACUCUAGACCCGACAACUAACACACUGUAUGUUGGUUCAGUUAAUAGAUUAUAUAAACUGAACAGUGAUCUGGAAGAAGAGAUCCAUAGAGAUACAGGACCAGUGUCAGAUCAUCCUACAUGCUUUCCUCCGCCAGGACAAUGUACAACCCAAGAGUUUAGCAGGGAAGCUACCAAUAAUAUCAUCAAAAUUCUAUUAGUUGAUAAUAAUAGGUUAAUCACAUGUGGUAGUGUCUACCAAGGGACAUGUCAAGUGCGUAGUUUAGAAGAUUUUACACCUCUGGGUAAUAAUACCUCUGAGGAGAUAGCAGCUAAUACAAGAAUAGGUACUUCAGUAGGAUUUAUAUCUAGAGGUCCAGAGAAUCGAGCAAAUGUAUUGUAUACAGCUACAUCUAGCGCUGAUUGGAUAGACAAUAAUGUGCCAACCGUGUCUGUGAGAUCAUUGCCAGAGGUGAUCCCUUCGAGAAAUCUGUUUUCAGUUCUGAAGACGGGAUUUCGUGCAGUGAGUCAGAUUGUGAUUCCAGCGGAGACUGUGUCUGAAUCUCCUAAUGGCUUUAAUAUCACCUACGUAUAUGGGUUCCCUAGCGGUAAUUUCAGCUACUUUGUAGGUGUUCAGCCAGAGAACCACCGUACACUACCUAGAGAAGUGCAAUACUACACAAAACUCAUCAGAAUAUGCCAACGAGACAUCAAUCUACUGUCCUACAUAGAACUACCAUUAAAAUGCUACUCUGGAGGCGUUGACUACAACAUCGCGCAAUCUGCUUACAUUGCAAAGGCUGGUAAGGAUGGUGGAGAACCUUGGCAGAAUGAAGAUGCCCUCUUUGUAACAUUUGCUCAGUCAGAGGAACAUGAUCGUGAACCUCAGCGAAAGUCUGCUGUUUGUAUGUACCUUGUUUCUGAUCUGAAUCAAGCUUUCUUUGAUAGAAGACGUGAAUGUGUGAAUGGACAUCAAUCAGACACCCAGAUGGAAUGGUAUAAGAGUGUACCAUGUACUGAAGUUGGGAAAACUCCUGCAUUACUGGUUGAACGAAUGGACAGGGAAGGGCGGAACUACUGCCACACUCUUGAUUUCAUUGGUCCAAUGGGUGGUACUGAUAGUCCAAUCAUAGCUCAAGCAAUUCAUGUUGAUGACUCUACACUAUUCACAGCCAUAGCAGUAUCUCAUAAACCACAGGAAUCAGCCAUCUUUGUUGGUGAUGACACAGGACACCUAUUAAAGCUGAUGCUAACCUCUCAAAGCAAGGCAAGUGUGAGUACAGAUCAUGAGAUUGUACCUGAUGGAUCUGUAGUUCAGAAUGGACUUCUUCUCAGCCUUGAUGAAGAAUAUGUCUAUGUCAUGACACAAAGACAGGUAAGUUGAGUAUUCACUUCUGGUCAAAAUUUUGUUUCAAAACAACUUCAUGGGAAACAAAAUCAUUUGAAAAAAAAACAAUUGUAUUACAUAUUUUCCUCUGCCCAUCAGUCUUAUUUCAGCUUUUAACUUUCUGUAUCAAUGAAUUUCUAAAAUCAGUCUACAUUACAUAUUUUUCUACAAAUAGAUCAAAUACAGAUAGUACAACUCAUUCUCAAGUAGUAUAAUAAUUACAUUGAAUGAUAAAAGUUUUGCAUUCAUAAGUGGAAGGAAUCUAAAGAGAGGUAUUGCAUGUUGUGAAUAGACCCUAGGUCUAACCUAACUUAUCUUACACUAAUUGGAUUAUUUCAAAGUCACCUGUUUUCUCAAACAAUUUCAGAAAAUAAAACUUGAAUUUGAACAAAGGCAACCUGCCAAUGAUAGGAACCCCUUCCUUUCUGCAUAGACUUAAAACACAAAGGAAAAUAUAUUACCACUAAUGAACAAGCAUAGUUGAAUAGAUUGUAAGGACUAUCUCUAUAUUUGAUUUUUGUCUUUUGGGGGCCUCUUUAUUUUUUUUCAACAAAUGGUCUUAACAUACCUCUAUCGACCAAGUAAUCAAAAGGUGGUCUGGGAGCAUUCAUGUCUGAGGCUCUGUUUACGCCAAUGUGCUCCUUUGGUAUUUGCGGCAAUAAUGUCAGUCUAUGGCUUUGAGAGCAUUAAAAGGAAUUACCAUGGUUCACUUGUCUCCAUUGACAUUCAUGCUUGAUCAAAUAUAUGUUUUACGACUGCAUUAGUACUUGUAACCUUGGUAGACAUUCCUUUAUGUUUCUGCAAAGUCUUGGUACAGAGGAUUUUUUAAAUUUCAAAUUAGUGUAGUGUUGUGAUAUUUGAUAUGCUUGGAACACAUAGAGACAUUCAUAUAACAUUAGUGGGAAUUGGUGAGUGAAAGGUUUCCCUUCUUCUUCAGCUUUCUGUCUUAUAGACGCAAUAAUCUAAUGUAGUUUUUGAAAAUAAUAUAGUGCUGAAUUAAUGAUCAUUUUGUGAUAUAAAAGAGAUGAAAAGCAAAUAUCUGAAUUAUAUUAAUAGAAAUAUUAGUAUACUGCCCAUGUGAGAAAUGAUUAUGCAUAUGUAUGGAACAAAAUUGCAGUUUUGGAGACUAAUUUACAAUUUACCUCAGUCUAAUGAUUUUUACUAAAAUGAUGUUUCUUCAUUUUAUUAGAAUAAAACUCUGAAAUAUUUUCUCCAGAAUUUUCCUCAGUGAAACUGCCAAGUUUCAGAAAAGGUAACAACAUUACUUCUCGAAAUUUGUAAUGCAACUCCAAUUAUUGUAACAACAAGAAAUUUCGUGUUAGAUUAAGCGUGAUAGGUACUCAAUUCAAGUGAUGCAUCUAUGGUGUCUUGAGACAUUCACCGGGUGUCUUCGAUCAAUUCUGUCUUUCCUCUAUCGUAAUACAUCUUGAAAGAUUCUACAUUUGAGGUUACCAUUGAUGCGUAGAGAGACUCAUCUACGUCACUUGGCUUGAUUUGUUAAGCUGAUGGCUUGUGAGAUAGGUCACCAAUUUAAGGACUGACUGAAUAAUGUGCAGCAGAGAAAGUUGUUUAUGUAGAGGAGGAUUGAAGGGGAUUUAAGUCAUGAAUAAAUUUAUAGAAGAUUGUGGUACUGACCUCAAUAAAUAAGGUCUUGUUUAUGAAUAUAAAAUCAUUCCAUACUUGACAUCUAGUGAAAUAAAGUAAAUCUGAACUUAAUUAGAUUUCAUAUCUGUGACCUUUAAAGGCAAGUCAACUCAUACAUAAUAAUGGGAUACAUUGUAAUGAGAAAAAUAAGUUAAACCAGUAUUUGAUUUGAAAGUGAAUGUGAUUAAUCGUAAAAGGGGUCAUCAUUGAAACCAAAUUGCAACACUAACAACACAUCUUACAAACUUCUCAUAAAUGUGCAUUCUACUAAGAAUUCUAGAAACUUGUAUUUCAAUAUGGUAUCUUAUAAUAAUGAUUGUAUUCAGGGUGAAUUUAUGAUUAGAAUAUGUCAUAACAAUGGUUACUUCAAGUUUUUGUAGGGCAAGAAAUGCAUAAUGUUGGAAGGGCUUUUUUUAAGAUACGUACAUCACCAAUUUACAAGUUAUUUUCUUUUUUUUUAAUUCUGCUUUACAAGUUACUAAUCGUAUUCCCCCAAUCAUAUGCAAUAGCCAAUAAUCAAAGUCAAGUAAAUGCCAAAAUGCAAAUCUAUUUCUCUGUAGAAUAUGUAAUUAUUAUACUAGAGUUUGCCAGUUCUUUGCCAAUUACCUGAUGUUUGAACAAAAUAUAUUGCAUCUCAAAUGAUGAAUUGUAAUUUUUUUGGUCUGUCAAACUGCCUUGCGAUUCUCACUUUAUGAAGCUAGGAUGUUAGAUAUUCAGUCAUUUUGUUUGUAUAGGUCGUAGACCAGUCAGUCAAAUAAGGGUUGAGUGUGUUAGGUAUACAGUAAAAACAGAGUAGACGGUCUAUCAGCCGAGGCUAACCUAGAAAUGAAAGCGGAUAGAGUGCGUGAGACAGCUGCUUGAUAAAAGAAAGACUUGAAGUUAGAUAACAGGGAAGGCGUAUGCUGUCGGAUCAUUUGAAUUGAUCGCAUAUCGGCAGGAAAUGUGUUUGGAGAGCCCACUUGAAUAUUUUAACCUCUUUAAAAUAAAAAAGAAUAUUUUAAGACAGUCACGAUAGAGAAUAAUGUAUUCUAGAUGUAUCAUCAUACUUCACAUCUAAAUUUUAAAUUAUUUGAGGUUGCCCUUUUGUUCAUUUCUUUUAUAUCAUCAGUUUUUGUCUUUCUCUCUUUUAUGUUGUAAGGAAUUUCCACAUGGAGAAGGUAGAACUGAUUUGAUUUACAGUCAGUAAUGGUGUUAUGAUUUUAUGGAUUUGUAAAAGCAAAUUGUAUUGAAUUGUAGAAUUUGCUUGCAUUGAAAAUAAUUGACACGAAAACACCUCGGAUGAGAAAAUGUUUCAUAUUUUCCAUCUCUAUAAGAUAUUGUCUGAAAAGAAUUCAUUUUUAGUCACAGAACUUGUUAUAUAUAGGUAGAGUUGGAUGUGAGCCAAAGUAUAGCUUUGAUGAUUUCUCUUUUUAGCUGUGAUUUUGAAAAAAGUUUUUAAUCAAUUACCCUUUGACCAGUCAUUCAUGGUAAACAGUUAACUGAGCGUAAAAUGAACUUGUAAAUGUUUCUUUUCAGAAUUAUUUAUAUUACACCGAGUUUUAUUAUAUCAAUCAGAUGCAGUCUCAUUAUUGUCUUUAUACAAUGAAUGGCCUCAUUUGUAGGAAACGUUGAACAGAAAAUGAAUAUUCAAUUCAAUUCAAUUCUUUAUUCAUUCAAAUUCAAAUAGGUUAAAAAAAACAUGU